AGGCUAAAUCAAUUGGUACCAGAAGAGCCAAGAAGCCACACAGGCAGCUGCCUCUCCUCUCUGGCUCUCCCAAGCUCCCCUUUCUCUGCUUCCCUGUCACUGUUACUCCAGAAGACGUCCACUUCUCUCCAAUCUCUCUCCAGCAUCUCCAAGCUACUGACUAUAUACAUUUCACCACAAGCCCUUUGAGUGGGGAGGCGUGAGGUUUCAACACUUCGACUUAUAAAGAUCAACAACGAAUUUUCCUGAAAUGUUUAAGAACAGUUAAAAACAAACCAACAAACAAACAAACGGGCGUUUUCAAUCCAUCAACUAAGUGAACAACCAUACACCCGCUAAGACACCGCCGCUCGUUGUGGUGGUCGGCGAGAUGACAGCUGCUUUUUCAUCUGCGAAUGUAAUAAAUAUUGGCUGCUUUUAAUAUUUGCCAGGAUCUCUCCUCCUUGUUUCCUGGAAUUUUAACUCUAAAAGAUUGACGAAAAGAUUAUCGACAGGGCUCUUGCAAGCCUCCAAAAUGAUGCUGAGUCCGGACCAAGCCGCCGACUCAGAUCACCCCAGCUCGACGCACUCGGACCCGGAGUCUCUGGGCGGCGCAGACACCAAGGUUCUGGGCAGCGUGUCGGACCUAGAGCCAGUGGAGGAGGCGGACGGCGACGGCAAGGGAGGCAGCCGGGCCGCGCUCUACCCGCACCCGCAGCAGCUGAGCCGCGAAGAAAAGCGCCGCCGCCGGCGCGCCACGGCCAAGUACCGAUCGGCCCACGCCACCCGCGAGCGCAUCCGAGUGGAGGCUUUCAACCUGGCCUUCGCCGAGCUCCGCAAACUACUACCCACGCUGCCUCCGGACAAGAAGCUCUCCAAGAUCGAGAUUCUGCGCUUGGCCAUCUGCUACAUCUCCUAUCUCAACCAUGUCCUGGACGUGUAGGGAGGGCUACGCCGCGGGAGGCCGCGGGUCCGGAAGACUGCCAAAGGCGACUCAUCCGGACUGCCAGGCUAGAGGUUUGCCCAGAGACACUUGAACGCAGGAGAAAGCUUUGCAGCCUGUUCUUUCUAGUCAUCAAGGCAACAGGAGAAGAUUUCCCAGCCUGGGAGGUGGGGUUGGGUAGAAAGACCUGGGGCUUGCAAGGGGAUUUUCCUGGCCAGAAAAUCCUUCUGGAGGCACCUAGAAUGAGAUGCCCUGGGGCCUCCCCUCAGUGUGUUAGGACCCCCCGAGGGGGUGGUUGGUUUAAGCUACUGGAGGCUUUUCAUUUCCCUGUAUUUCUAUCCUACACACCUUCACGUUCUGAAAGAAUGAGGACAGCUUAGCCCAGGCUGAUGGCUUCAAACUAUGACUAUCUGGGAUUUUUCUAACUGACAAAUCACCAAACCUUGGGGAGAAAAAAAAAGAUGAAAAUCUUUUCCAUAUCUAGAUUAAGACACAGAAAGGUGUACCAGCAAACUUUUUGUUACCAUGGCAAAUGAAAAAUUACAUUCUAAUCUAAAUAAAAUCCUGAAUAUUUGGUGAGGUUAAAAAAAAUACAUUCAGAACAGACAGACAUACACUGUGGCAGGAUUUGAGCUUGGUGAGACUUUAACCCCAAGAUAGGACACUAAAGUAGAUAGAAAAAUCCAUAUUUAAAUGGAAAAUGUAACAUCUGAUUGCUUUUUCGGGCAAAAUGCCCCUUUAAAUAUCCAAAAACACCCCGUCUAUUUGUGACCUUAACAUGUGGACUCAUAGAUGCAGUUAGAAAAAGACAACCUAUUUUUAUUUAUGUUAGAAGGAGUAGAGUAUUUUUUUCAAGACAUUUAUUUUUCAGAGUGGUGAUAAUUUUACUUUGGAUACUCUGUGCCAAUUUAUUUAUAGUCAAGUGUUUACACUCCCUCCCAACCCCCGUGAAAUAAUUGCGUCUAACUCUUUAUGUGUUUGUUGAGAUUAUCUUGUGGUUUUGCCUCUUUUUUUUUCCUGAUUAUAUUGCACUUGUACAAGAGAGUCCCUGCUUCCCCCUGUUUCUAAGCAUAUUUUAUAUAUCAAGAAGUUGGUUCUUUGGUUGUGAGAUCAGCAACACUAGCCCUUCACUAUUAUAGUUUUAUAAAAAGUUAAGUGUUGUUAUUCUUACCAGUAGUUUUGUCUGAAAAGUACUUUACUGUUUUUAAGGAGAGUAGCUCCUUUGUGUGUGUGCGUGACGUUUGUGCGUGGGAUGAUUUUAGGAAAUUACAUUAUUUUCCUAAAAAAGAAACGAAAAAAGAAUUCAGAACUACUUUCCUCUGUGACAACCAAAAAGAAAAGUCUAUGACCUAGAAAUGUUUCAUGUUCUCAGCUGUGAAACUCUUAAAGUAAGAGGUGUAUUUUAGAGACAAGGAAGAAAGAAGAAGAAGAAGAAGAAGAAGAAGAAGAAGAAGAAGAAGAAGAAGAAGAAGAAGAAGAACCACAUCUGCUAUCCAAAGAUUUUAGUCUUUUUCAGGGUUUUUUUGUGUCUCUGUUGCUUUAUAUAAUGCAAUAUUUUGUAGUGAAAAUAGAUAUAACCUGGUUUCUACCUGACGAGUUUUUCAUAUCUCAUGACUGGUGCGCUGUUUUGCAUAUAAAUAAAGGUAUCAGAUUAAAGCUCUCCUCUUUAUUUUAAGCAUCUGUCUAGAAAUCAAACAUCCUGGCCAGGCGUGAAAUGUCAUAAGGGACUCAGUUCUUUAGAAAGGAGUUAGUUAAGCAAAAACACGAACAAAAUUUUAUACACAUAUAAAAUUCGUAUGCAGCCCAGCCUGGGAUGGUAUAGAUCAGGUCUCGUCCAUGAGGAAAAGCAGGGAGAUGUGUCCAUAAGAGCAGUACAGGGAUCAUAAGAUGCCUUUUCUAUCCUAAAAGGAACUUCGUAACUGUCUAACCCAAGCUCUUGGGAAAACUCGGGGCUAAGGAGGUGUCUGCAUCCAGUGGCAGGGAAGAUCAGGGAGUGGCCCCUACAUCCAUCAACCCAGCACCUGAGAGUUGGAGAUGGGAGAACCAGAGGCUUAAGGUCAUCUAUCCUCAGCUAUGCGGUGAAAUUGAGGCCAGCCUGGGCUACGUGAGACCCUGCCCAAAAGAAAAAGGCAGUGAACAGACCCUUUUUGACAGCUUUCCCUCUGGGCACUUAAGCACAAAGCAUGUGUCACUGAAACAUCUAAUUGGUACCCACGCUCAGCACCAUGACACACUUGCCUUAAAACAACUUUUUAUCAGGAACACUCAUCUGCACAAACCUGGGUCUGGCAUACUGUAUAAGCAGAACCCAUGAAUAACUUGUAACUGUAUUCCUGUAUGUACAUACGUAUCUAGACUAUUUGAACUAUACCACACCAAAUCUCCAGUUUCCAUAUUAAAAAGUGACUAUAUGGAUUGUCAGUUUAUGUCC